CGCCGGGUCGGGCCCGGUGGGUGCGCGGUUCCCGGGCCGCUCCCGCCGCUGGCCCCGCUCCUGGCGCUUGGCUGCGGCUCGCGGGGGCUCCUGGGCGUGGAGCGGCGUCGCGGCCGCCCGUGGUCGGCGUAGCGGAGCCCGGGAAGACGCGCUGUGGGCUUGGGGGCGGGCGCGGGUGCCCCGAGGCUGGCAGGGGGCGGCCCGGCCCGGCGGGUUCGGGUGUUUUCGUCCCUCGGCCCCUCCGUCCCCCACCUCGCAGGGAACGCAUAGAGAAAUAAAAUGCUCCGUAACACGCACUGAGGGUGUCCAUAGGGGAGGCGUCGGCAUAAAGGCGUUCUAAUCAUGGAGGGAGAUGAAGAGGAAGACUAUAUGUCUGAUUUAUUUAUUAAACAGGAUGUCAGGCCAGGCUUGCCCAUGGUGAGGCGGGUGAAGGAAGCUAUUCAGAAAGAAGAAAAGCAAAAAGAAGCCAAUGAGAAGAACAGACAAAAAAGCAUAAAAGAAGAAGAAAAAGAGAGACGUGACUUGGUACUGAAAAGUGCAUUGGGCAACGAGAACAAAGGCUUUGCUUUGCUCCAGAAGAUGGGCUACAAGAGCGGCCAGGCUCUUGGCAAAAGUGGAGAAGGCAUUGUUGAACCUAUUCCUCUGAACAUAAAAACAGGCAGAAGUGGGCUUGGUCAUGAGGAAUUAAAAAAGCGAAAAGCUGAAGAAAAACUGGAAAACUAUAGACAAAAGCUCCGUAUGAAAAAACAAGAAAAUGAACAAGCUGCAGAUCAGUUCAGAAUAAGAUUCAAAACCAAACAAGAAGAACGUAAGAUGGAAGGGGACCUGAGAAGAAGCCAGAGGGCCUGCCAGCAAUUAGAUACGCAAAAAGAUAUUGAUGUUCCCAAGGAGACCUGGUUUUGGAUAGAACCUGAAGAGGAAGACAAAAAGGAUGAGGAAGACAAGAAAGAUGAAUGCACAAGCUCAGACUUAAGUGUAUCAGAAAAGCUACACAUCCUGACAGCCUAUUUGAGAGAGGAGCAUUUCUACUGCAUUUGGUGUGGAACAACCUAUGAAGACUCUGAAGAUUUAUCUUCAAACUGUCCUGGAGACAGUGCUGCAGAUCAUGACUAAAGCCAGUCUAAAGGAAGAAGCCCUAGAUAAGAAGCAGAGGAGGGACAUGUGUGAAGCUGAGAAGAGACACAACCAAGGCAGGUGGCCAGAGGGAUAUUCCAUGCCAUAUGGCAUCACACUCAGCAACAAAAGCUGGGAGAUGAAGAAGGAAGAGGGGAUACCCAUGGCUAUGGUGUUUACCUUCCCAAGUACACAUUGGACAUGAUGAAGCCCCACUUUCUUGGGAACAUCUGCCAGCUGAUGGGAAGGAGUAAGCAACUUCCUUAUGUUGCUUUGGUCACACAUCCAUCUAUGCUUUGUCUAUUAAACUGUCUUCAUCUUGAUCCACAAGUUCUUGCUCCCUUUCACCUUUCUGAUUCUCUCCCUGUCCCACUGGGGGGAAGCAAGUAGUUAGCUGGGGGCUUCACUGCCUCCUGGGGUCAACCCACCGCUGUGCCCUAAUAAAAAAUGGUUGGAUUUCAGACAAAUCAGUCCUUACAGAUCUCACUUGUCCUGCAGCUGCAAAUCCCCUAAUGUUUCUGAUACUGCCUUUGCAACAGGGGAGAAAACAACAACUGGAUUUCUGCCUGUGGCAGCAGCACACACUUGCACCAAGGUAAAGUGACCAUUAGAGCCUCAGAGCACCUCUGUGCUUCAGAUUGCAGCACAGCAUGUAAAUGCUCACAGCCAAUAAGAUGGAUUCACACAGUCAAGGUACAGUACCGUGAGCUCCUCUGUGGGAAAAUUGGUCUCAAAUAGUGUAGUGACUUUAGGAACUCACUUUUUUCAUUAUUCCAACCUCAUUCUCCAGUUCCCUUUAAUGAAGUGUUCAGGUGGGAAACAAUGAAGAUGUAGAAUGAAGUGCUUGCUCUCAUUGUGUAAGCAAGGCUUAACAAGAAAUCUUAAGGGGGCAAACAGUAGGAAAAGGCACUCCCAUAGUGUGCCAUAUACUCUACACAGAGGAAACAACAAAAAAAAAACCAAAAAAAACCAAAAAAAAACCCAACAUGUAAGAAAGGUUGUUUAUG